AUGGCAAAUAAAAUACUAGAUCCACUCUUUAAAUUAUACGAUCCGAUUCGUUAUUCAUUUAACAAGAAAAAAGAGGAUUAUAUUAUCAUCUCACCCACUGUUGGUUCUAAAUCCCAAUUGAAUGAUGGUGGCAGAAUUACCUUCGAAAUAUAUUCAUUAUCGAAUUGGUUGCUUCUUUCCGAUGCUUAUUUCAGAUGCGAUUUCAAAAUUAAAGAUGGAACUCCCAAUGAAAAUCGUGUACCACAAACCAACACAACGUUAGAAAACAAUUUCUUUCCAUCUUUAUUUAGCGAGAUGGUUUUGGAAGCUGGUUCAAAUCCGAUAGAAACAAUAAAACACCCUGGGGAAUUCGAUACAAUGUUGAAAACAGUUUUCGAUUCAGUCUCAGGUUGGAUACCCGAUGUUGGCGAUGGAAGUGUUUUAAAAGAACCGGUAAGAAAUCUUGCAAAUGAUGCUGAUUUAGAUAGAGUGAGAGUUAUUGCUCGAAACACAAUAGAAAGAGUAGCACGAGCAGCUAAUCACGGAUUCGAAAAACGAGUACUUCAGUACAAUAAUAUUGUUGAGAAUAAUAGGUGGGUUUCCAUAGGGUUACCAUAUAAAUUUCAUCUACAAAGAGAAAUCAAUGAUGAUAAGAUAUUCUUUGGAGAGAAUGCUUCAAAUGCAAAAUUAGAAAUAACGAAUCUCCAACUUUUCAUACCCGUAAUAACAUCAUCAACUGAAGUAGAAACGAGAAUAUUCAACUCAUUAACUAAAGAUAUUGAAAUAGCUUUUCUUCAUCGUAAUACAGUAGGUAGCAUGACUUUAACUGGAGAAUCCACUACUUGGCCAAUCACUAACACUAUUAAACCAGCAAGAUAUUUAAUGGUUGGUUUUAAGAACUUACCAGACUCUCAGACGAAUAACAAUAAUGUCUUCAGAGUGGCAAUGAACCAAACUCAAGAUCCUAUAAUCCAUAAAGUUCAAGUAAGAUUAAACAAUGAUAAUUAUCCUUUAACAAUUAAUCCAACCACAAAGGAUUAUAAUGAAUUGUAUAGAAACUAUAAAAACAUGUGUGAAUUAUUUGGAAAUCCACCUCAGUUUGAAUAUGUAGAUUUUGCACUUAAUCAUCCAAUCUUCUGUUUUGAUCUAUCAGCUCACCAAGAAGAUCUUUUCAAAACAGGAGUGAACAUAAAUAUUCAUAUUGAAAAAACACAAGGAGAUGUGACCGGGUUUUGUUUACUACUCGAAGAAUCAAAACAUUUAAUUAAAAUAGCAGAUAGAAGAAUGAUAAGAAUUGAGUAA